AUGAGAAGCAGACUGGCCGGCAAAAACGUACUGACUCUAAAACAGUUUGCUCUUCGAACCGAAGUGCUCACUCUCUUUAAAUGUCUCCUACGAACUGUAAAAGGUACCAUUUUUAUAUUCAUCACAUCAUAUACAUCACUUAUACCCAUCCUCAACAUAGUCAUGGAACCAGACGACAGAGCGUUUGCAUCGGACUGGAUUCGUCAAGAUUUCAAACGACACAUCAACGAAUCAGAUGAGAUGAAGAUACGCAUGCUCUUGUCUCAGGGACGUGCUGAAUUACGAAAGCUGGAAACAAACCUCAUGUUGACAAACAAACUGCAUCCAUAA